CGCACAGCUUGUUGGAAGUUUAAAGAAGUGUUUUUAUUGAGCCAAAACAUCUAAACACUCUGUCUACUGUUUGUUAAUUUAUCGCUAGUAGAUAUUCAAAGAUCUAUGUGGAAAAAACAGACCAAACCGCUCAGUCCAAGCUGUCGAUGUGUGUCAAAUUUAGCUCGAGAGCUUUAUGGCAUCUCCAGGGUAUUUCGGUGAUGGUCCUCCAAUGCGCGAGCGUGACCCGUGCUUCACUGAAGUCAUCAGCAAGAGGAUGCGCGUGCCCGAGCGGCUGGGGGUCGGUCCAGCGGGUCACGAGCACGCACCUGCAGACCAAAGACCCGAAGAGCUGCAUGCUGCCUACAGCAUGCACAUCCCUGACAGACUGGCCUUAACAGAUGCUCCUGAUCUGAGUCCACGACCUCUCUUCACUAAACACACUUCUUCAAUCUGGGACCUGAAGCAUGGGUCCUGGGACAGGGAGGCGUUCAAGAGAGAGCCUGUCCAGAGUCCACUGCGAAGAAGGUCUUAUAGUGACCAGGCUUUUGGUCGAGCCCCAGCUGGAACCCCCACACACUCCAGACAAACACUCCGCUCCCAGCCUCCCUGCAGUAUUGGACAUUCACCAGUCGUACAUACAGACCCAUCCCCACCAAAGCCCCCAGGCCACCCCUCCAUCCCACCCAACCUGCUGUCCCCUCAGAGCAUGCUGUGGGCUGCCAAGGAGCUGGGCCAGCAGGCGUCUCAGAAACUCCUUCAGACCGUCACCAAAAAAUACUCCUCCAGGUUUGGUUACCCAGAAACCCGUCCCUCUCAGGCUGUGGAGGUUCAACCUGAUCAAAGCAGGACAAGUGCCUCGCAGGAUUUCUGGCUCAGUCCUGAGGAGGACACAGGUACUGCUGUCGAGUUCAUGGUGCUCCGCAGACAGGUGGUGAAGAUGAGCAGGAGGAUAGCAGGGCUGGAGAGACAGAACACAGAGCACAAACAGACUGAGCUGGUGCUGUUCUCUCUGUUACUGUCUGCCUGUCUGAUCAACGGCUGGCUGUGGAUGCGCAGAUGACGGCUCACACUCCGUAACACUACACUAUUCAGACAGCACUACAAGAGCAGCACAGCUGGUUACUGGGAAGUGCAUAGCCGCACAUAGCUUUUAUAGUGAUUUACUAAAUAUGUUCUCUAGAAAAUUAUGG